UUCUACUUGGGAAUUAACAUUCCUUGCGUUUGAACAUCAUAUUUACAGACAAAUUAGCAUCAUUUUUAUUUUUUUAUUUAUUUAUUUAUUUAUUUUUUUUGACGUUUCCGUUGAAGCAAAGAAUUGUGGGUUGUGAGUGCCCACGAAGGAUACACUUCAUGCACCCUCCGAAUUCCAUUCGAAGCGUCCUACUCGCUUUGAUGAAACGAGACAGCCUCGAUGAUGUAUGCAGACCUCUGGAGGACGCAUCCUUCAAAAGGAGACACAGCCCAAGACAGUUUAUUGAAGAAAUACACAACAUUUUAGCGUACAGCAACGAAUGCUGGCUAUGAAAUAUUAUUUUUGCAAGCUCCAAAGAAAACAGAAAUCACAAAAUUUUUAAGUCACAGAGAAAGGUUAAAUUGCAGAAGCAAGAGAAAUAAUAUUAUUGUAUACAUCUAAAAUGUAUAAAUAGUGCAAUAUUCCGUAAGCAAUGCAAUUCAAAACAUUCAAGACAUUAAAGUGCAAUACAUCGGCUUAUUAUAAUUACUGGAGUUUUUAAGUGUUUGUUUUUAGUUUAUCAACUUUUGUCCACUCCACUUGUUUGCUUGUGUCAAUUUGAUUAUUUAUCAUGCAUAUUAUCAGCAUUGCAUUCAAUAUUUUAAAUGCUCACCAAAACUUUGUUUCUAUUCAAGUUGCUUUACAAAGAAAGAUUAAUAUUAUAAGGUUUGAAAUAAUAAAAGAUCAUUAUUCCAUGGUCUAUUUUUGUAACCAAUCAUAAAGUGAGCAAAAAGUAGUAUAGCAAUUUCAAAAUGGGCCAAGUUACAGCAUCUGCAAGAAUGUAACAAUUUGGAAGAAAUUUCAAUUACAUUCUAAAAGCAUGUAUAAAAUAACAGAAAGAAAAGGCACAAAGCUGUGCAAAAUGAACCAAAUGCUCAAACGUGCAGUUUUAUGCAUCUUCGAAUGUUAGGACCCAAUCAGCAACUUUGUUGAAAACCACAUUGAUGACACUUAGAUAGUUGAAGCUAAACUAUUUCAGGGUCAAGGAGAUGGCAUUGAAGGAUUUGUAUAAAAAUAUGCCGUUGGCUUGCUCAUACAUGUUAUGCUGAUUUGGAGAGCUGGUGGACACUUGCUUGAAUGUAGCAGACAAUGUCUGAAUCCCACAUCAUGCCAUGGCUUUUUUGUCCAUGUCUUUUUUCUGCAGUGGCUUUGGCAGUCCUGUAUCUCAAAAGGAAAAUGAAAGGAUUUCUGCCAGGCGACAGAUCUCCUCCCAGCCUCCCCUCGUUGCCUAUCAUUGGGAGUAUUCUCAGCCUCAUGAGUGACAGUCCACCUCACAUCUUAUUUCAGCAGCUGCAAAAGAAAUACGGAGCUCUUUAUUCCCUCAUGAUGGGCUCCCACAAAGUCCUUAUUGUGAACAACCACCAUCAUGCAAAAGAGGUCCUGAUCAAAAAAGGGAAAAUAUUUGCAGGGAGGCCACGAACUGUUACAACAGACAUAUUGACUCGAGAUGGGAAAGAUAUAGCAUUUGCUGACUACAGUGCCACAUGGAAGUUCCAUCGGAAAAUGGUGCAUGGGGCUCUGUGCAUGUUUGGCGAAGGUUCAGUUUCUAUCGAGAAGAUAAUUUGCAAGGAGGCGAGCUCUAUGUGUGAUAUACUGACUGAAACUCAGAACAGUGCAGUGGAUCUGGCCCCAGAGCUGACGCGUGCAGUCACAAACGUGGUGUGUGCCCUAUGUUUCAACUCCUCAUACAAACGUGGAGAUGCUGAGUUUGAGUCUAUGCUCCAAUACAGCCAAGGAAUCGUGGAUACAGUAGCAAAGGACAGCUUGGUGGACAUUUUUCCAUGGCUACAGAUAUUCCCAAAUAAAGAUCUCAGAAUUUUAAGACAGUGUGUUGCCAUCAGAGACAAACUGCUUCAAAAGAAAUAUGAGGAGCACAAGGUGGAUUACAGUGAUAACGUCCAGAGGGACCUGCUCGAUGCAUUGCUGAGUGCCAGACGCAGUUCAGAGAAUAACAACAGCACUCAGGAUGUUGGUUUAACUGAAGAUCACCUGCUAAUGACUGUGGGGGACAUUUUCGGAGCAGGGGUGGAAACCACUACCACUGUAUUAAAAUGGUCAAUUGCUUACCUGGUACAUAAUCCACAGGUGCAGAAAAAGAUUCAGGAGGAGCUGGACAAUAAGAUUGGAACAGACAGACACCCUCAGCUCAAUGAAAGAGGAAAUUUGCCUUAUCUAGAGGCCACUAUUAGGGAAGUGCUGCGAAUUCGACCCGUCUCCCCACUCCUCAUCCCUCAUGUGGCACUCCAAGAUUCCAGUGUGGGAGAGUACACUGUGCAGAAAGGGACAAGAGUUAUUAUUAACCUGUGGUCUUUACAUCAUGAUGAGAAAGAAUGGAAGAAUCCUGAGCUGUUUGACCCAGGACGAUUUCUAAACGAGGCGGGCGAUGGUUUGUGCUGCCCAUCAGCGAGCUACCUGCCAUUCGGCGCAGGAGUGCGUGUUUGUCUUGGUGAGGCCCUGGCAAAAAUGGAGCUCUUUCUCUUCCUGUCAUGGAUUUUGCAAAGGUUCACACUUGAGAUGCCUGCUGGCCAGCCUCUGCCUGACUUGCAGGGCAAGUUUGGUGUGGUUCUUCAACCUAAGAAAUUUAAAGUCAUUACUAGACUCAGAGGAGAGACCAAGCAUUGCUGAGUAAUUGUAUUUUCUGUCAUCUCUUCUAAUGUUUUGUGAAUAUUUUUAGUUUAAAGCCCUUCUGUCAAGAAAAAAAAAUAUAAAGCUGCUGUAUCAAAUCAAACAUGAAUAAAAUGAAUCUCUUGUGACAAUGUGACUCCAUUUCUUAUUGUAAUGAAAUAAGACCAUUGGAUGGGUAACUGAACUAGUCACAGAGGAAAUUCUUUGGCUUUAAAAAGCUUUUUUUAUUCAUAUGGAACAUCCUUUGAUUCUCAUUAUUUUGGUUGUCUUAUAAAAUGCGUAAAAUACAGUUUUAUAUAUAAAAAGAAAGUGACUACGGAUACAAAACUAAAACAUUGUACCAGGCUUAAACUCAAUAAUCAAAAGCAAUUGGCUUGCAAAGCCUUCGUCACCUUCAAGCACGCACUCUCACUGCAUCAGUGUCAAAACAGUGCAAUGACAACUUUUCAGGCAAAAACUCUCACAAUCUCAUUUACAGUAAGCUAACCUUACAUUGUGACCGAGACUACUUUUAAUCAAUACCGCUGGUCUUAAACAUCAAAGAACAAAAUAAAACUUUCAGGACUAGAGCUAGGGAAAGAACUUCAUGAGCACCCUUGUUGCGACAGAUAACUUUUAAAGCUUAAACUUAAUAAUCUAUGACUAAACCAAAAUCAGUUAGGUAUUUUGAUAAAUGCAUUCAUGAUGCAAUAACUGGUCCAAUUCAUUCCGAACCCUCAAGUCAGACAAAACUGCUCAGUGAAUGUUUGCGAAGGCACCAAGUCUUUGUUGGAAUCUGCCUCCAGAACCAGUUAUUCCAGAUAACACAGAACCUAAUUUUCCUGCCACAUCAAGUUUUAAAGAAAUAAGCCCCCAGUUCACAUAGGAACACACUGCUCUGGUGAUCUACAGGGCCAACAAUCUUUCCGUGCCCAAAAGACUCUGAUAUUGUAGGAAGCAUAACUACUAACCCGAAUCAAAGGUCAAAUAAACAGUGGCUUGAAGAACAAUCCUACUAUGAGACACACACACAGACAGUGUAGGAAUGCAGUGGAGCAGCUUAGCGCAGUCUCACUGCCAUAGAAAAACAAAAACACACUGUAUCUCAUUAACCAGAUAUAUAAGUGCUACUCUGAAGAACACGCUAACAUAGCAAUAACAGUAACCUUACCUGAUCUGUUACAACAAAACUUACAUCAAAAGCUUACUCUAUGUAAUAAAGCCUAUACACAAGUCACCUUACUGUUAGUGGUGCAAGAGUUCCCUUACAGUGUUAAGAUACAAAACCAACUUAAAGCACUAUGGGCGAAUACAGAAAUUAAAUUAAGGCAAAGACUACUAACAUAUUUUUAAAUGAUAUGUUUCGAUGGAAGGCUUAUCAAGUGAUCCUUUCAAACAAGAAGUUAACAUUGACCAAAAUGUCAUACCCAUUAGUAUGCACUUGGUCUAUUAUUUCCACUCAUACUGGCCCUUGAUUAUUUUAUGCAGUAAUCCUACCACACACACAUUGUACUUAAGGCAUAUGAAAGCUAGUAAUAUCAACAAAGGCACCUACUGUAAAUAUGCAAGAUGGGUUAAAUCUAUAUACAAAGGUAUAUUCGGCCUUCAUUUGAAGAGUCGUUGCAUAAUGAACUUCAAAUUUCACUACUUGAAAGCGUGUGGUAUAACAACAACUGUGGAUAUCAGCUUGUGGAUCUAUGUAAAUAAUCAUGCAAAAUAUAGCUUAGUUUUGGAUCAAGUCAAAACCAUGUAAUACAAGAACAGGACAAAACAAACAAAAUGACAACCCUAUCAAGUUUAACUGCAAGGUAGGGGGCACUUUUAGGUGACUUGCUUUCAUUUUUCUGAAUAGCAUCAUGCAGUGAUAUUCCAGACAAACAUUUUGGGGUUAAAGUAAAAAACAAAAACAAAAAAAUCAACAGCAAAAAGACAAUUAAAGCUCUGAAUUGUCAGUAGACUGCUCUGUCAUGACACUACCCUUUUUUCUGGGAAUUUGUUUGCACUGUGUAAUCUUGUCCCUUUGAGAGAGCAAGUAUUUUAAAUUACAUUAAUGAUAAAAAUGUUAGACCAAAAACAACCACAGAUAAUUUAACUCUGACCUUAAAGAAAUAGUUCUCAGAAAAAUAAAAAUUAUGUAAUGUACAUGUAUGUCAAUUUUCUUCUUCACAACACAAAAGUAGAUAUUUUAAUGAAUAUCCCAGUCCAUCUUUUCAAUAUAAUGGCAGUGGACUCGCUUUUAAGCUUAAAGGGAUAAUUCAACCAAAAAUGAAGAUUCUCUCAUCAUUUACUCACCCUCAUGCCAUCCCAGAUGUGUAUGACUUUCUUUCUUCUGCAGAACACAAAUUAUGAUUUUUAGAAGAAUAUUUCAGCUCUGCAGGUCCAUGCAAUGCAAGUGAAUGGGUGCCAAUAUUUUGUCAAUCCAAAAAGCACAAAGGCAUCAGAAAAGU